GCUUCUUCACCACAUACAUUCUCUAAAUCGCACAACAGAAUCACGCUGGCCAUCAGACGAAGAGCAACGCCAUUGCGAUGAGAGACGCAGCGAUAUCUUUACUAGUGGGCCUUUUCCUGUUUACCAUGUCAUGCCCCGCCGAUGCCCUUCCGUCUACAUGUCGUCCUGAGUACCAGAAGCUGUCGGGUGGCCUGGUUCACACAGCCUGCAAACCACCCAACAACAACUGCAUCUUCGUUUCAACUGGACUCAACAUGGCUGAAAAGGCUGACGUUCUAAAGGCGCACAAUGACUUUCGAUCCCGGGUUGCUCAAGGGCAACUUUCUGGUUUCCCCGGUGCCACAAACAUGUACCGCAUGAAAUGGGAUGACGACCUAGCACAGGUGGCCCAGGCGUUCACAAAUCUGUGUGAUGACCGGCAUGAUAAAGAAGUGCAGCGGAAAACAUCAAAGUUCCCGAAAGUGGGUCAGAACAUCGCCUGGAAUUACGAGCCAACGCAGACAGAAGUCAUCGACAGCGCGGGCCGAGUGAAGGACUGGUUUGAUGAAUACCAAGACUUCAACCCCGGCAACGUUGAUCCUUUCCGCGUGAGCCCUGGACGAGUGGUCACUCACUUCACGCAGGUAGCUUGGGCGGAAACACGUUACAUAGGAUGUGGCUAUACACACUACAAGCUUCGCAACGACGAUAAUCCCAGGUUUCCAUAUAAGAAGCUCUUCGCAUGCAACUAUGCCCCAGGCAGCCGCGUCAACACCCAUUUGAAGCAGCUCAGUCCCGCCACAGUGAUAUAG